CGGCGCUCGACAUCUGGGAUUAUACAGAAACUAUCCUGUAUAUCCAUGAAUACAACAACAGUGUGAUCCAUCGGGUCUGCGCACCAUGUUCAGCCCAACUACGAGGCGCUUGGCCGCUUCCCACACUCCUUCCAUGCAGCCCUUCUCCGCUGUUCGACGUUCGCUUUUCAAGUCAACGCGCCCAUCAAUAUCACAGUCACUCUCGAAUGCGCGGUAUCGACCGACACAAAUCCCCCUUUCAUACCCCUCUACACAGAUUCGAUAUGCCUCGUUUCCCCAAAGACUUCGCCGAGGCUACCGCAUCGCCUCCAAGGACCUCUGGCGGAGGAACCCGAUCGUGCUCCCUUUGGCGAUGAUUUCAAUCAUAGCGGCUAGUGCGUUUUUCACAUAUGCGAUUUACAUUCAAACAAGACAGGUCAACCCGCGAGUCACUCGCUUCCCAGACCCAGUCGCAAAUGAACUGCGGAAGGCGCUAUAUUACACAGAGGUCAACUUGGAGCCUCACAAAGCUCUAGAUCACUACAAAGAGGCACUGAAGAUAGCGGCAGAAUUGAAUAUGUCGCCGUUUUCGGAUGAAGUGAUUGGCAUCAAACUCCAGGUUGCAGAGAUGCUUGUCAAGGCUGGUCUUCAUAAGAACGCCGUGCAAGUCGUGUCAAGAACGGCCAAGGAAUGUCUUCAAUGGGUUAAUUCGACUAGGGUUCGACUCUCGGCCAGGAACCCAAAUUUCCCAUCUGACAAGAUGCCUGAGAACAUUGACCCUAACACCAAGGAAAUCUUCGCGCCGCCCGAGGAAGAUUACAAUAAGCAACUUCGCCUGACAAGUCGGAUUGUCAAAAAGGUCAUUGGGAUGAAUUUGUUCAUGGCCCAGCUUUGGGAAGAUAGCCAAUUGAAAGAUAAUGUCCAGGCCUUUAUCUUGAGGAGAACAGCACUGGAUAUAUUCAAACAAGAGAUAUCGUGGCGUGAGAGAAAAGGCCUUCCACCAGUUGCGACUCCAGAGGAAGGAGAUGAUUGGAUGGAUGCGGAGGAGGCUAGCCAUGCCAUGUCUGAUGUUGGUUCGACAUGGCUUCGAGCUGGGCGUCCCGAAAAAGCCUUGGAGUUACUCUUGCCUGCCGUAGCGAUUUUGCGCGAAGUUGAAGGAAAGGAUAUAUCUUGUCGCCAAGUUGUUCUACUUGGUAAUAUUGCAGCGGCAAUGUUCGAUCACCGGCCACCCAAGGAUGGCGCCGAUAAGAGCAUAUCUGAAAUCCCCGUCGAGAAACAGAUGAAGUCCUCCAAGGACUGGGCUCUCAAGGCAAUUGAGGUUUCGAAACUCGUCAAAGAAGACUUUCACGAUGAUGAAUGCGAUAUGGGGUGUGCUGCAGCCGCGGAUGUCCUGUCUGCGAUUGCGGAAUGGGAAGGGGCAGAUGACGAAGCCAGGAAAUGGUUACUCGAAGAGAAACGAUAUUGUGAGUCGGCCCAGUAUGCAGAAGGCGUUCAGAAGGUAGCACGAAUUAUGGCAGAAGGCGAAAGGCGCCGUAAAGAGCGUCGAAGGCAGACGUAAAAUAUGGUUGGCGGGGUUGUACAUUUAGUAUAGUGUAUAAAUAUAUCCAUCACACAUGUUUAAUGUAGCACAAA